GAAUUAAUAAUAGAUUUUCUGAACUACGGAUCCUAUUAAACUCAAAAACGGCUUCUCUUCAUUUCAAAUGUCUUUAAUCGCAAAGGUGGCGGCUGCGAUGGGGAAAAUCGCCCCACUUGCACUUGCUGACAGCUCAUGGGACAAUGUUGGCAUCCUUGUAGAGUCCCCCAAUUCCAACCAAAGUAACGUUGUCAUGCUCACCAUAGACCUCACCCCACAGGUCAUGGAGGAAUGUGUCCGAAAGAAUGUGGAGGUCAUCAUAGCUUAUCACCCGCCCAUCUUCCGACCCAUCGCACGGCUUUUGUUAGGCGACCCAAAGACGCACAUCAUUCUCCGUAGCGUACGCGAGGGCAUGUCCAUCUACUCCCCGCACACCUCCCUAGAUGCGUGCCAAGGUGGUAUCAACGACUGGCUCAUGCUUUCAGCCGUUGGGAAUGUUGAAAAGAUGGUCCCUAUCGUCGCGAAAGCCCUGGAAGGAGCCGAUAACGUAGAGACGGGCUAUGGCCGCGUCGCCACCCUCACGACCGCCCUUCGCCUUAGCCAACUGGUCAAAAACCUCAAGGAAAGGUUAAACAUCCCAACAGUGAGGGUGGCACUGCCUGACGGGUGGUCGCGCGAUCAUCCGAUCAACUCGAUUGCUGUGUGCGCAGGAAGUGGCAGUUCCGUAUUCUCUGGGCUGAAACACCACGUGGAUGUCCUCUUAACCGGCGAAAUGGGUCAUCACGACGUCCUCGCAGCGAACGCGGCUGGACGGGCUGUUAUCCUUUGCGAGCACACCAAUACGGAGCGAGGCUACUUGAGAGAAGUUCUCUUUUCCAAGCUACAACAGGAACUGGGAAGUGAAAUCAAUCUUUGUGUUUCUCAGGAGGAUCACGAUCCCCUUCUGACCUGGUAGCAAACAUACUAUUAUUGCACUUGUUUAUCGUGAAAUUAACUUUGGACGCUUCUUUUUUUCUACUAAUGUGAAUCUU